UAAAAAUAAACAAUGAAAGGAAAAGAGAUUUGUGUCUGACCCGUUUGAUUUCAAAACUGAAUACAAAAGUUCUAAAUUCAAUUUGGAUUUGCAUUAUUAACAAACCUAUAUAGAUAAGAUGGACAUUUUGUCUAAAUUUGAACAACAGGUAACAACUUAUUUGCAAGGAUACUUGAAACGUUAUGUGAUAAAAUAUCAAAACAAACGGCUAGCGGAAACCGGCGAUAUCGUAGUAAAACAAGCUGAAUCCCGCGAUGUCGAUGCUGUCGAACUAGAUGCUUUGAUCGGCGAAAGUAAAGAGUGGGCAAUAUCCAUAACGAAGGCACAAGCCACAAAGAUUGCGAUCAGUUUGUACCUCAACCGGGAAGCAGUCUAUCGGACAUUUAUUUUACAGUACGCAAAUAGAAAUUUUGCAUGUGCAGUUCGUACAAACGAUCGAAUAUGUUUAAUUUGCGAUGUUGAUGAAAAACGAGAAAAUCUAUCAAUGGUUGACUUUAGGAGAUUAGCAGUGAAAACUGUAGCAGAUAGUUUGUUAAGGCUUGGUGGUUAUAACGUAUCCAACGAGUUGAAUGAUAGUGCUCAAACUAUGAUUAUAACUGAUAAGCGUUCCAAACAAUCAUCCAAUAAUUUGGAAAUUUUGUGCGGUUCAGUUACUACAUACGGAAUAACUGCCACGGAAUAUAUAAGUAAGCGUGCCAACGACAUGCAACUUAUAGCUCAGCACAAAUAUGGGAUUCGCGUUAAAGAUCAUCGGCAGUUUCAGCAGACGAUAGCUAGUCUAGGUCGUUCUGCAGCUAUUGUGGAUAUGCUGGAGUCGAAAGUAUCUAGUCCAAUUGAUAUGAAGAAACAGAAAAAUCAAUCUAGUAAAGGAGCCUCAUUCAUCCUGUAUAACUAUGCGCGUCUAUCAGUCCUGUUCAACACAUAUAACGAGAAACAGAAUGCAAAUUAUUAUCCACAGUUACCGCCAAUUUCGAAAAUCGAUUUUACGUUGCUCAUAGAAGAGGACGAGUGGCAACUAUUCUGGGUCUAUGUCGCUGGCUUUCCAGCAAUGGUGAAACAAGCCUUGGGAGACGGACAAUUGAUGAGGUUUGCUCCUCAUGUUGUACUAAGCUUCACUUCCGGGUUAGUAAUAUGCCUCAGCAAAUACUAUCGGCGUGUACGGAUUUUAACGGAAAAUCGCGAGCAUCUUCUAUCAACUAUGUUUGCAAGAAUUCAUCUGUUGCAAUCUGUGUAUACUGUUUUAUCCACUUUACUCAAAUUGUUGAACUUAGAGCCGGUUACAAAGAUGUGAAGAAACGUG